AUGGCCGCAGUUGCAUCUAUCCUUGCUAUUGGGGCUGUAAUCUUAGAAGAUAUUAGAUCUAAGAGAUUAUUACGUAGAGAACCUCAUGUUAAUCAAGAGUAUGAAAGAGGGAUUUAUAUGGAUAGUAUUCUUUAUGGAAGCAAGCAAGAUUGUAUUGAUCAAAUAAGAAUGAGUCCUACAGCUUUCUUUGAAUUAUGUAAAAUUCUUGCUGACAACAACCUCAUACGUGAAACCAUUAACAUGUCUAUUAAGGAACAAGUGUUGAUGUUUUUACACAUUAUUGGACAUAAUGUGAGGUUUCGAGUGGAUUGUGUUGGAGCAAUAGAUGGAACUCAUGUUCGGGCAUCUGUUCCAAUCGAAAUCCAAGGAAGGUUUCGUGGUCGAAAAGAGCGAACAACACAAAAUGUGUUAGCUGGCAUUAUCUUUGACUUAAAAUUCACAUAUGUAUUAGCUGGCUGGGAAGGAAGUGCACAUGAUUCCCGUGUUUUGAACGAUGCACUCACUGGGCCAGAGGGAUUCAAAAUUCCUGAAGGUAAGUAUUAUCUUGGUGAUGCUGGUUAUGGAACUCGAAAUGGAAUUAUCUCCCCCUAUCGUGGUGUUCGGUACCAUUUGAAAGAAUUUGAACCUUUUUGGUCAUUCCCGACACAAGUGGAUGUAGUAUUAGCAUGUUGUGUCAUUCACAAUCACAUUAUGGGUGUUGAUCCUAAUGACUCAAUUAUGGAAGAGGUUGUUCGUGAUGUUGGAUCUCAAAAUCAAAGUGCAAUGGGCAAAAACAAGGAGAAAGACACUAAAAACAAGCAAUUUAGGUGGUCAAAACCAAUGCACACUUUAUUACUUGAAAUUCUUGCUAAUGAAGCUGUUAAAGGAAAUAAGCCUUCAAACACAUUCAAACCUGCAUCAUUUGCACUAGUUGCCAGGUCAAUUAAUGAGAAAUUUGGAGUAGAAUGUGCAUCUGAUCAUGUUGAGAACCGCCUUCGAACCAUCAGAAACAUGUGGACUAGCAUCAACACCCUACAGUGGGAAGAGUGGCUUUGGAUGGGAUGA